CUUUCCCCCGGCUGUCUGUUCCCCCCCAGUCUGACGAAAACCCACUACGAGUCCACUCUUUCCCAUUCUUCUCUUUCUCCUCCCCCAUCCCCCAUCCCUCUCCGUGCCCACCGUCGGAACGUGCGACUCUGCAUUCAUCACCGGCGCAAAACAACAACGUCCGCCAACGACACCUGGCAGCGAUUCGCCCUGGGUAUUGCACCGUUGUCGCUUCACCGUCGGCCUUCAACGGUCCUUUUAUCGACCUGCUCGACCCCCGGACUCGGCCGACAAAACCGCUUCUUCCCCGCGUCCAGGCCUGCUUGGAAAGGGCCGAAUAACGCCUGCAGGCCUGCAGGCCACACACACAACGCCCGCUGUCGCCGCCCUCUCUGCAACACUACCCGGCCACGCGAGCGUGAGCCACGGCCGUCCAUCCCCCCGCAAUCUCCCCAGAGUUUGAAUUGUCGAUACGCCCAGCCUUGUGCGCUGCUAUCGAUAUCCCUCAGCACACCACUGCCACUGCCGCUGCCAUCGUCAGUUCUGCGCCGAGACAGCGACCUAGGGCCGCAAGCUUCGGGUCACUUGAACUCCUUGACCAGAAUAUCGUCACGUCCUCGCCAUCGACCGACUGUCGAUCACCAGUCACCACGGCGUCCAUAAUCAUGACCCAGGCAGUGAAGCGGGCCUGCGACGCCUGCCACCGCCGCAAGGUGAAGUGCGAUGGCAUCAAUCCUUGCAGAAAUUGCUCUUCGGCACAACUCUCUUGCACCUACAAUGCCAUACCUCAGAAGAAGGGGCCCAAGGGCUCGCGGGCGAAGGUCAUUAGCGAGUUGAGGGAGACGCAGCGGCAGACGAGCCUCUCCGCCAAAGUACAAAAUCGAAUGAGCGGCAUCCCUUGCCCUCCCACGAACCCGUCCAUGGGCCCGACUCCCGGCCUCCUCACGGGAGAGCUCGUCAAGGAGUGCGCUCACUUCUUCUUCGACAACAUGUACCCGCAGGCGCCCAUCCUGGACCGUCGUCAGAUCGAGCAGCAAAUCCUAUACAUGGAGCAGAACCGCGAUGCAUACUGCCUCAUGACGUCGCUAUGCGCCUUCAUCAUGCUGCAGCCUGGCAUGUCGAUGCCGCCCGGUGAUCCAUACAAUCUCGACAUGGUUCCUGGUGCCAACAUCAUCUCCAGUCAGCUCCUUCUUGAAGAGGUCCUUCGCGUCCGCAAGGGCUACGAGUACCUUGACUCUAUUACGCUCAAUGCUCUUGCCACCAACUUUUUCAUUUUUGGCUGCUACUACGGCCAGGAACUGCAUGAUCGGGCGUGGUACUACCUGCGGGAGGCCACGACUAUGAUCCACAUGAUCGGCAUGAACAAGGAGGAGUACUACAUGCAGUUUGAUGCCACCGAGGCUGCUCGCCGCCGCCGCCUCUACUGGCUAUUCUUUGUUGUCGAGCGCGCCUAUGCCAUUCAGCGACAACGUCCUGUCUCGCUGCAAGCCUCCAUCAAUCUGCCGACUUUGGGCGACGAUCCGAGUGACCCGCAGGCGCACCAGCUCAACAGUUUCAUUCUUCUCGUGAACCUGUACAGGCCAUUUGAGGAUUCGUUCAUCGCUGUGUGGAACAAGACCAAGGGUCAUUUGUCCGCUCAGUAUCUGAGGGGUCUCCAGAAACAGUUGAAUGACUUGGUGCAGUCGUACAUCUGUCAAGAUCCAAGCUUCAACGACAUCCGUACCAAUCAGCAGUGGUUGAAGAAUACCGUCUGGCAACUCACCGGUGGCGUCGUCAACGGCAGUGGCGACGAGUCUAUGUCGUUCCAAUAUCCUAUGCACAUGUCUAGGGAGCUCCUGGUGAGCAUGGCGUCGCAAUUUCCGGUGCAGAUCGAUCUCCUGGGACCCGGUCUGAUCGAGAAACUGGUUGAGAUGACGUCGUCCAUGACGGAGUAUCUUUCUAUGCAGCCCCCCUCGCGGGACCCCUUCUCAGUCGGCCCCCGAGAGCACCUGAACCAAGUCAUCUCCAUGAUUGCCAUGUCCCGCAACGGCGACCAUCGCUUCUUGCCGCUGCUGAUGAAUAAGAUGAGCGAGGUUCUCCCCCGAAUCACCAACCCAAUGCUGCAAAAUGCUCCCGAGAACUCGAAUCUCGCCAACAUCGACAUCUUUGACGGCUUCGGCAACGCUGGCAUGGCCCAGCCGCCGAGUCAGAUGCACAUGUCGAUGGGUGGGGCCGACUUCGACCGCAAAUUUUCUGUUGAGGAAUAUGACAAGAUGAACGGCAACACGCCGGAAUCUGCAUCCAACUCGAACACCUCAAGUGGCUCGCCACCUAUGGCCCAGCAUGGAUCAUCGGACAUGAAUGGGUCCUUUGUCAGCUCACCCAGCAUCAUGUCGCCCAGCAUGGAGUACCCACACAACAUGAAUGGAUUCGCCUGCACGCCCAUGUCAGAGAUGGUCAUGAGCCCGCUGGGCAAUCCGUCCCAAUCUGCCUCGCUAAACGCACCACAAGCACAGCACCAUCAACAUCUGAAUCACGGCCAUGAACCCAUGUCGCAUGUCGAAAGAAUGUCACAGAGCAUACGGAACCAACCCACUAGCUCGCCUUCCAUGUCCCAGUCGCACGCGAUCAACUUCCGCUUGCGACAAAACAGUUUCCAUGUCCAGCCGCAGCUACAGGCUGUGGGCGAAUACCAUGAUCUGCAAAGAACAGAUUCAGACGCCAGCGGCACGAUGAUGACGAUGGGCUCGAUGAACGGCGAACUUGGGUUCGGGCCCAUGAGAUAGGCCAUGCCACCCUCUUGCGGCCUGCAGCCGUGUCUCAGCGUCAUCACUUCCUUGGCAACUGGCUCGAAGGGGGAGUGAAGCGCUCUGUAUUUGUAUAGGCCCAUGGGUCUCAUUGUUGCUCUGGUUUUAAAUCGCCGCCACCACUGCUUCCGCACCUAGUGCGAGGCGACUGGACAUAUUUGCAAGUCAUUUUCAGGAUCAGCGGGCGAGGUCUGGAGUUUGUGUUGGGCCACAUUGGUGCCAGGAACUCGUCUCAAACGGACUCUCAUUUUGUUUUUAGUGCUUGGGGGCGUGGAAAUCUGCGGCAAUGUCUCGCGCCCGGAUUUGUUGGAAGAAGUGCGUGGCGACCUCUGCAGGAUAUAUAUAUAUAUAUAUAGCCUUCUAUAGACAAUGCAAGCAGC